CGAAUCUUCUCUCAUUAUUUCGUCCUGUGUCUGAGAGUCUGAGUGUCUCGAAUCUUCUCAGUUCUCUUCUUCGCAGUUCGCUCCGCCUCCAUGCCCUAGUUUCCGACUCUAGGGUUUUCGUUCUUCGUGAUCGAGUGAUUGACUAGUUGUUGUAGCUAGGCUCGAUUUCACAGGUAAAUUAUACUCUCCCCUUGUAGUUAGAUGGAGGAUUCUAACACAGUUGUUGAAAGUACUCCGUCCGAUGAGAAUUUGAAAUUAGGCAAUGUUCCUAUUUCACUUGACAUUGAAAUUGAUGAUGAUGAUACGUGUAAUGUUGAUGGAAAAGAUUUAGAUGAACCGGCUACCUUGAAGAAAAGAAGAAGGAUGAGUUCAACAGUUUGGGGUUUCUAUAAGAUGUUACCUCUUCCUAGUGAUGGUAAGCAGAGAUGUAAAUGUAGGAAAUGCAGGGCAAUAUAUCAAUGUGACAUCAAGUUUGGUACUAGCAAUUUAAGACGUCAUUUACAAAAUUGCAAAAAAAGAGAUAUUCGUGACAUUGGUCAGCUUAUUUUACAGUCAAAUGCCAGCUCAUCCAUCUCUAUGUCUGAUUCUAGGUUUGACAUAAACGAGUUUCGUGAGUUAUUCACUGCCUGCAUUAUUGUGCAUGAUCUUUUUUUUCAAUGUGUUGAAUGGGUUGGUCUUCGUGCAUUGUUACAUUAUCUUCGUUGUGAUCUACAAAUUAUUUCUAGAAACAUAGCUAGAAGUGACUGCAAGAAGUUGUUUAUUAAAGAGAAAGGCAUCAUUCAAAAGUAGAUUUUAAAAUGUACCAGUAGAGUUUCGUUGACUUCUGAUUUAUGGACAUCAAUUAAUACUGAUGGUUUCAUUUGCUUGACUGCCCAUUUCAUUGAUAACAACUGAUUGUUACAAAAAAAAAAGA